AUGGCUCAGUCAAGCAAGAUUCAAGUAAAUGCUGGGAACCCAGCUCCUCAUGAAUCAUGGAAUGUAAUUAUGAAGACAGUAGAUGCACUUGAUGAGGACCUUGUCAAAGGGUAUAGGGAGGACAUUGAUACACUUUUGGUUUUUGCUGGUUUAUUCUCAGCAGUUGUUACUGCCUUCACAGUGGAGUCAUAUAAAUGGCUGGAAGAAGAUCCUGCUGAUAAAACUGUUGCACUCCUCACACAAAUCACUCAGCAGAUGGGUGGAUUGACUCCCUCUCUAUCAUCACCUCAACCUUUCACUCCCACUGCCUCAGUGGUACGGAUCAACAUAUUCUGGUUUCUCAGUCUCACCCUUGCUUUGGUUGAUGCUUUGUUUGGGCUUCUUUGCAAGCAAUGGGUUUGUGAGUAUCAACGAAAAACAAUUGCACAGACACCAGGCCAAGCAUUGGCCCUCAGUUGGUUGCAUUACCAGAGCUUUGAUCAUUGGCAUGUGACCAAAAUUCUAGCAUCCCUCCCCAUUCUGCUUGAAAUUGCACUUUUCCUUUUCCUUGCUGGAUUGUUGGAGCUACUGUGGGCCCGUCAUCAUAUUCCUUUUCUUACCACACUUUCCAUUGUUGGACUUGCUGCUAUAUUCUACAUCUUCACCACUAUACUCCCUGGGUUGAGUAUAAUUCAGCAGAUCCUUCAGAUUUAUCCUUGUGGUAGUGAUAAGCCAGAGUUUACUCCUUCCCACAUCUUCCACUUGCUUCCAAUCAACUUCAUCUGUCCUUACAAAUCCCCCCAAUCAUGGCUUAUUUUUCGACUCUUUUCAACUGUGUAUCACCUUCCUGGGUGCAAACAGCUGCUACAUUCCUUUCUUGUCAAGUAUGGCCACACACGGAAGUACAGCUCAAAUUCUCUUGAGAGCCUGGAUCAUUUCUUUACUACCUCCAUUAUCAACCUCUCUGACUGGCGAUCGCUAGACCUUGAUGCCAUCCGAAGAUUCUCGAGAAUUAAAUAUCAUCCUGAUCUCUAUGAAUUAAAAGGAUUUCAAUGGCUUGUGCUGGCAACUCGAGACAUUCCAUCCAUGGUACCUCAUUUGUAUAAUGUUCUGGCAGAGAUUCCCCCACAUUUAGUAAUGUCCUCUAUCUUCAAUAAGUGGACUUUACCACAUGGAAAGCCUAGGUGGACUGCAGCCGAUGUUGACUUUGCACUCAAAUUUUCUCAGCCUGGUGACACUGGUUUAUUCAGUAACCAAUUGUCCUCACAUGAGUUGACUCUAGCAUCUCAAAUCUUAUGCUUCCGACACUUGUUAGCCACCAAUUAUGAUGACAGUUGGGCACAGUUCAAGUGGGAAAGGGAUGAGCUGGAAAGUGUAGCAGAGGAGCUCUGGGACCAUAUACUCAAGAUACAUCAUGGGGAUAACCAGUUCAUGCUUGCUUUCUUUUAUCCCGAGGAGUUGUUGAUGGGUCCCUGGAGAGAUUGGCGUGGAAAGACCUUGGAUUUCUACAGGCAGAAGUGGGACAAGUUGGACAUGAAAUACCAAGUCCAGCUGGCAGCAAGGAUAUCCACUUCCAUAAACAUCUUUCUUGAGUCCUCUGACUCAGAUCAUGAUGUGGGAUCUACACUUCUAGCAUCCGGCUAUGCUGUGGAUUUUUUCACACAGGUUAAUAAUACACUUUCCCAGGCAAACAAAGCCUUUGAAUGGCCUUUGGACAGUGGGCGUUGGAUGGAUGUAUUGGACUGCAUACGACAGAUUCAUGACUUGCCGAUUCUAUAUUUCAAACCAAUUCUGGGUCACUUUCCAAUAACAUCAAACGAGUUGAAGAAUAUUUUGGAUGAUCCAGAGGUGAGAUUUGAAUCUGUCCUUGGACCGUUGUUGGAGUGCUACAGGCAGUGUUGGGACAAUGUGCGACCAUGGGACAAAGAGCGUGUUGUGGAGACACUGUCAAAUCACAUCAAUCAGGUCCAACUGACGCCUAGAAGUUUCGAUUUCGCUUCACCAACACCAAGUGGAGGCUCCCAAGGGCUCAAUUUAUCAACCUCUGCUUUUGUAAAAUCACGUCAUGGCCUGGAAUUCAUAACAUUCGUGAAUGACAAGCUUGUGGUGAAUUACGAGUUCCAUGUCUGGUGGAGAGACUACAUUGUGGGUCCCUGGGUGGAUGCUCUAGAGCGCUUUCGAGUUCUUCGUGAGUUGCCAUCUGGUUAUUUUAAACGUAUUCCAAGGCAUGGCGAGGGAGCUGGUAAUAUUGAUGGUUAUUACACACCGGGUAAAAAAGGCGACAACAUUGAAGUUGAUGGGUCGCAAACAGUAGUGGGCCGAGGCCCUCAAGUUAACCCAACUAAUCAUACAGAAGAGGAUACGGGGAGCCCAUCACCUGCCGGUCAAGAAAAGGCGCAAGAAAAUCUUGAUGUGUCUGAGUCGGGCACAAGUCACCAGAGGAAUACCGGAUCACUACAGGAAACGUACGAGAACACACCAGAGCAAACCACAGGAAUGCACAAUCAUCAUGGACAGGCGGCAGUCACCGGGGGGCCUGGGGCAGAAAAUAAUGCUUGA